AUGACAAAGUACACCGAAUCGAACGGUAGUUCGUACCAUUAUUUGAACGUAGAUCCAAACGACGGGCGGAUAUCAGUAUCAAAAGAGGCCAAAGAUUUUGAUCAGGGACUGAUUGUAACAUUUUUGAAGGAAGCGUUUUUGCCUCAUAAAUUUCCAACAAGUGUGUCAAACGAUUACAUACCUUACCAGAUAUUCGAUACAUCACAAGCAUUCUGCUCGAGUAUUACUGGUUUACUCGCUCAAAGACGAACAUUUAAGAGGUUUGGUGUCGGAGACGCCCUCGCAACAGCAACAUCCGCAACCCUCCAAUCCGUAUCAUCAGAAGUAACCGCCCACCUCGGCAAAAUUCUCUUUACCUGGAAAUUCGCUCGACAUCUCGACAGUGAUGCCAAGCAAUGGCGGUAUUAUGCGGAUAUUCUUAACGACGGCGCUAUGCUUCUCGAGCUCGGAAUCCCUACAUUUCCGAAAUCACUAACACUCCCACUUGCAAUGACUGCCGCGCUGCUACGAGCGCUGUGUGGGAUAUGUGGAGCAGCAACACGGGUGAAACUGUCUGAACAUUUUGCUAAAAUGGAUAAUAUGGCUGACUUGAACGCAAAAGACGCGAGUCAGGAGACAGUAGUUAUGUUGUGUGGGAUGCUGGCUGGGAUGGCUGUUGUUGAAAUGGUGACGGAUGAGUCGUCGGCGCUUUGGCCGGUUUUUAUUAUGUUUACCAUACUGCAUUUGGCUUUCAAUUAUCUUGCUGUGAAAUCUGUAGUAAUGCCGACAAUGAAUCGUCAAAGGUUCAGUUUGGUUUUGCAUCACUAUUUCAAUACGAGGACUGUGUUAUCACCGGUUGAAUGCUCGAGGAUUGAAGCUAUAUUCUGGAAAGAGACGUUACCGAAGAUAGAAGUUGGAGCUAGGUUAUCACUUGUGCUUCGAGGAGAAACAACACUAAAGUCAUCAACCCACCUAAUAUCAGUCACGCCACACACAAUCAUUGCAGCAGUUCACGAACGUGCCACGACAAGAGACAUAUUAUACGCAUACUACAUAUGCGUGGCCGCACAGAAGGAUUUCAUGGAAGCAUCAUCUAUAGAUAGGAGGCUGGCUGCAACAUCACCAAAGAGUAUCUUGACAAGGACGAUUGAACUGAAGAGGAGGGAUUUUGAGGAGUUCAUAUCUGAAGCUGAGAAGAAGGGGUGGGAGUUGAGUAGUGAGGAGUCUGCACGUACAGAUCUGGAUUUUGGUAAUUGGCGAGGAACUUGGGACUAG